UCCUUGCCGCUGCGCGGAGGGCGAGCGUAGGCCUCAAGGAGAGGGAAGAGGGGGCGGGGGUCGCCGCUUCUGCCGCCGGCGCUAUGUUCCUGUGUGCUCCCCUGCGGGCCGCGGCCGCACGCUCGAUAAGACAAAUCCGAUACUUACAUAGAACAGCAGUGUGCAAUGCCAGUGGAGGUGCCUUAUUUGUGCACAGAGAUAGUCCUGAAAAUAAUCCAGAUACUCCAUUUGAGUUCACACCUGAAAACCAAAAGCGAAUAGAAGCAAUCAUAAACAACUACCCAGGGGGACACAAGUCUGCAGCUGUCAUGGCAGUACUAGAUCUGGCCCAAAGACAGCAUGGAUGGUUGCCCAUAUCAGCUAUGAACAAGGUUGCUGAAAUAUUAGAAAUGCCUCCCAUGAGAGUUUAUGAGGUAGCAACUUUCUAUACAAUGUAUAAUCGCAAACCUGUUGGGAAAUACCAUAUUCAGGUCUGCACUACCACGCCUUGCAUGCUGCGAGACUCUGAUAGUAUUUUAGAAGCCAUUAAGAAGAAACUUGGUAUAAAAGUUGGGGAAACAACACCUGAUAAGCUCUUCACGCUGAUAGAAGUGGAAUGUUUAGGUGCUUGUGUAAAUGCACCGAUGGUACAAAUAAAUGACAAUUACUAUGAAGAUUUGACACCCAAAGAUAUUGAAGACAUAAUUGAUGAGCUAAAGGCUGGCAAAGUUCCCAAACCUGGGCCACGGAGCGGACGUUUUUCAUGUGAGCCAGCUGGUGGCCUUACUUCUUUGACUGAACCACCCAAAGGACCAGGUUUUGGAGUUCGAGCUGACCUCUAAGAAUUUUUGUAAUAUAAGAUGAACUGUCUGGAAAAUAAUAAAGUAACUUUAAUACCAGUAAAAGGAUGUAUGUUCUAGUACAUUUUUUAAAAAAGAAGCAAGCAACAGCAAUUAGAAGAUCUAACUUACCAUGGUUUUAACUACUGCUAAGCAUAAUCAUAAUUCUAGAUAGUAAGAAAAGUGGUUCUGUAAAGUGACUCACUGAAAGAGUCCAUUUAUGAUCACUGAGAGAUUAAAGUUGCAUCUUUUAAUCUGUCAUUGGAAAUUCUUUCAACUUUUUCUAAGGUUCUUUGAAGAAGCAACAAAACUGACUAAACUACAAGUCUGGCAAAUGCACAAAGAAACAACCUGAAAGGAUAUUAUCUGACCAAACUUCAUUGCAUGUUACUUUUAAAAUUGCAAUCAAAAUAAACAAAAAAAACCAAACAGGAAAGGUGAUCCAAGCUGCAUUGUGUAAAAAUAAAUAAAUAAAAAAUCUGGAAAGUUCA